AUGGUAGCCCUGUUCCUGUCGACCCCCAUGCGGUGUAUCUGUAACGUAGGCUAUGGGAAAGACCCUACAAGACCAAUACACUUUUACAACAUCAAGGCUCACCCGAUGCCAAUAAUAAUUCCCGGAACACUUUACGUCAGUAUGGUGGGGAACGUGACGCACGAUUUACCACGAAGAAUUACAAUAGAGAUGAGCAUAAUGAAAUAUUUCUUCGGAAUUCCAUUUAUGAUACCAUGUUUUGACAACCGAAUAGGCUCAUGCACCUACAACAACAUCUGUCAAAAGUUGGAAAGAUACGAAACGAAUGGUUGUCCGCGGACUUUGCGGCACUUCAACAUGCAGUGUCACUGUCCACUUUUGGCGGGAGAAUUCACAAUACUAAAAGUGCCUGGCGAUUAUGAACUGGUGCUGAACAUUUUGGACGAAAACAAGAAAGAGUUGGUGACUAACACGCAAACAAAUUUGCAAGGACAACCAGACAAAAAUGUGACGGUAGAAGGCACACGAGAACCAGACAAGGAUGUGACGGCAGAAGGCAUAAUAAAGCGGUAG